AUGUUCUUUGUGAGGAACAAAGACCAAAGUUUGCGGCCGAUCAUAGACUAUCGACCGCUCAACAAAAUUACAAUCAAAAACCGUUACCCAUUACCCUUGAUUCCCCAGCUCAUUGAGAGAUUGCAAGAUGCAAAGGUUUUCACAAAACUGGACCUAAAAGGGGCUUACAAUCUCGUGAGAAUACGUCCUGGCGACGAAUGGAAAAUGGCUUUUCGCACCAGGUACGGGCUCUUCGAAUACAACGUGAUGCCUUUUGGGCUGUGUAAUGCCCCCGCCACCUUCCAGGCAUUUAUUAAUGAUGUUUUCAGAGACCUCCUCGAUGUCUACGUUGUGAUCUACUUGGAUGACAUAUUGAUUUUCUCAGACACCCUCGAGAAUCACAGGAAACAUGUCAGGUAG